CAUGGAGGCCGAGGUAAAGGAAAAAAAGUUCCCUUGAUCUAGGUAUAGGAUUAGGACACCCCCGCUGCCGCUGAUGUAUUUCUACCCUUAACCCUAAAUUCGCUCCCGCUCCGAUCCAACCCCCUCUUUCCUCCCGCCGGCAUUAAGUGGACGUCGACAUGGAAGAGUGCUUCAGGGACAUGGGUCCCCAGUUCGAAGUUCCUUCUUCGUUCAAGGAUCUUAUGUUGCCUAUUGUCGAGAUGGAACCGCGGGAGAUUUCAGCUCGUUUCUUCACGAAUUCGGAACUCCCGUACAGAGCUUCUCCUACGUUCAACCAUACUAUCUCGACUACCUUCACCCAUGAUGACCUCUCCACUGUCGUCAACGAUCACUUCAAAUCUCGGAAAUCUUAUUCUCGGCCCUUUGUUUUUCUGAUCCAUGGAAAGCUUUUUCCUAUCUCCCGCCUCGACCAAUUCCUUCUUGAUAAUGAGAUUUACGUUGAGGAGAAUUUGGAGAUUGAAUAUGCUCUUCCUAUCACCACGAUGUCUAGGCGGCCUUCAGAGCAUGGCGGCUCCGUCAGUGCAGUAGAUGGUUCUUGUCCUAGGUUCAUAGUUACCGGAUGCGAAGAUGGCAAGGGAAGGCUGUGGAACGAUACUGGUGAAUGUACUCAUAUACUUGAAGGGCACACUGGUUCAAUUAGUUCUGUCAGUAUCCUUAACCCAUUAGAUAAUGAUGCAACUCUGGUUACUGCCUCAGAAGAUAAUACUCUCAGACUGUGGAAGUUGGAUACAAAAGAACUUGAGAAAUUUCCUCGUAAGAUUAAGCCAUUCAAGAUUUUGAGUGAUCAUUCUACUAAAGGUGUAUGGCGUGUGGCUGCAAAUCCAUCAGGGAGCAGGUUCUGCUCUGGUUCUUUCUAUACAACAGUCAAGGUGUGGGAGACUUAUGAAGCUGCCUCGUAAGAUUACUCAGGGUCGAUUAAGAAGAGGAAAACUGAAUGUGAAGCUAAAGAAUCUCAGUUGGAGGAUAAUUUGGUCUGUUCACUAGAGGGUCAUGUGUCAGUUGUAUCAUCAGUGGCUUGGCCAGUAGACAAUACAAUUUAUUCUGCAUCUUGGGAUGGUACUAUCAGAGAAUGGGAUCUUGAGAAACGCAGCCCUGUGUCAACCAAAUUCUAUGUAAAAUCUUUCACCUGCCUUAGUGUAGGCGGAUUGGGACCAAACAUCCUGGCUGCAGGAGCAUUUGAUGGCAAGCUUAGGAUAUAUGAUCUAAAAGUGUCAGGUAUGAUUCUGGCCCUGUGCUCGAUUAUUUUUCGCAUAAUGAUAGGGUAUCAGCAUGCCAAUGGCACUGUAAAGAUGCAGUUUACUUAUUGUCUGCAUCCCUUGAUGGCAGAGUCAUGGUGUGGGAUAUCAGAUAUCCGGGGCAGACUGUUGACGUGCAGGGGCAUACUGUUAUUGAGUCGAGUGAACACAGUGUGCUAUGUGCUGAUUGGUGGAAAGGGGACCGUGUAAUUACGGGUGGUGAAGACAGGAAGCUUCAGAUUUCCCCUGCCUUGAAAUUGUGAAAAUCUGUGAUAGAUCUCUCGGACAGUACUGUUGUUUGUGGUUGAAAAUGUAUUAACUCAACCACAAGCUUAUGCAACGGUUGGCUUAUGGAAACAAACAUUAUAUAGCAAGUCGUCUUAUUAUGAUUAAUUCAUACACGCACGCACCAUUUUAUUAUGAU